AUGACAUAUAUCGGAUCUGCGAUCUUGGUUAAUGUUCAGACCCCAGAUCAUGCCUUCCAAACAGACCUCAGCGUUGCUGAAGGAAAUCUCUCCAUAAGGGUGCCAAACAAGUCUUCAGUGGCACGUCUCCUGCAAUACACACAUUCUGUUUUGUAUCAGAAAUGCGGGGGCGAGAUCGAGCCUGUGCAGCGGUUUUGCCUGAAGUUAAAGGGCCGCACUUUGGGCCCAGAGGAACUGGUAAGAAAUAUUGAUCCAGAAAAUUCUGAUGUUCUGACGCUUAGGAUGGAACACUGUAUCCAGUACACAGGGUCAGCUUUGAACCUGGACUACGACUAUACGCAAGAUUUCAAGGUUACAAACCUAAAAUUGGAGGUAAAUGGGCUUCCAGACGGCGAAAUCUUCACGCACCUCGAACGCGGGGUGCCAUGGACUUCAACGUUGGCACAGAUUCAAGAACUCACAAAAAGCAUUUUAAAGAGCCAUCGGGCUUCGAUUUCCAAUAAUAUAUGGACGGAUGGACAAGUUUCAAUACAAAAUAUGAUUGGAUUUGAGGCGAAAGAAGAUAGUAGUAAGCAUACUUUUUUAGCCAUCGACAAUUCAAAUUGCAGCAUGGAAUUAGGUGACUUGCUUGGUGUAGAUUAUGCACCUGAUACUCGUACCAGCUACCAUUUUAUGUUCCAGCUUCAGCAAAAGCCAGGACCGCAGGAUCAGGUCGCAAUACGAUUCAUCUCGGACGCCCAACUCACUAUGGACAGCAUGAACAUCAACGCCGAUAGCACGGUUCAGGACAUAAAAGACUUCAUCUGUUUAGUUUAUGGACACACCCUACGGCUUACGCGUGAAGACGUCAAACUCAUAUACAAGGGCCACUUACUUUCCGAUGACACUUCUUCGGGCCAUCCAACAAAAGCAUUGGACUAUAUUCAUGAGCGCGAAGAUGUGAAAAUCCAUGUUGAAAUCAACCAAGAGUACACGGAGCCUGGGCCUGGAUUUUGGAACGAACUUUUGAGCAGUAGGGACCGGUUCUCUUUUAUGCCCAGGACGGCAAGGAACGAACGAGUGGUGCCUUCAGUAACAGCACCACAAGAACGUUCCGAACCUAGACCAGUUCACGAAGUUUCGUCUUUUUCCUCAUUACCACAGGAGUUCUUCACUGAAACAGGAGCCGAAAUCAAGCGAACAGGCCAGUAUUUCGAGAAAGUUUUGGUAUCAGGGCAAGAAAGCUUCGUGCAAUCUGGAUUUUUCGAGCCUACGCAGACCUUUAUCGAGCUCGAAGGUCAAAAACUACAGCUCUUACCUGAGGACUUUGUAGAAUUGCGCGGAGCAAUUUUAUUGUCACAUAAUGCGCUUUCAAAAAUAUCCAGCAAGUUUGGUAUUGAGGUGCAAUAUUCGGCGGCUGAAGAACUCUUUACAAACAGUUUUGACACCCAUACUUCUCAUAUUGAGCAGGCUACUGAGCAGAUCAAUCAGACAGGUAUUGCGGAGGUCGAAGAAGUGGGGAGAGUGGCGCGUUUGCGCCAAUGGAUACAAACUAUCAUGAGAACAAUCUAUUUGAUAUUGAGAAACUCCGUGUUUUUCUUUGUGAUACUCUUUCAGUUCAUUUCUGUUUUGAAAAAGAGGCAUUUGAUUUUGAGCAUGGCACUAAUUGUCGGAAAGGCCAUAUGGAGUACGCCUGAGAUUGGAGAGAUGUGGCGGGAGCUUUUAUCAGGGGCCGAAGAGGGUGCUGUUAGUGAGGAGGAGCUCAAGCUUGUGACUGAUGCUUAUAGAGAUCGUCAACUGACCAGAGCUUUCUACCAUCGAUUUGCGUCCACCGGGCCCGUGGUAGGCGUCUUGAUUCGACAGUUGAGUGCAAACAACCAGCUGAAACUAGACUUGGCAAACGAUUUUAAGCUGGACCAUACUGAUGCAUCGAUACUCUUUUUAGCAAGGCUAUUGGAAGAAUGUACCUCUACGCAACAUGAUGAAGUUGAUCUGUCGAGUCUUCAUGAGCUUUUUGAGCCACUUGUGAAAGAUGCCGUGGAGCAUGCAAGAAAUCCUACAGAACUAGAUGCGGCAAGUAAACAAGUUCUGAAGGAGUUGCGGAAAUUUGCUUACCAAAAGUCCAGUUUGCCGUGGCAUAAGAGCUUAUUCCGAUUAUUGUCACGCAUGAUGGAUUACAUUUAUAACGGUGGCUUGAUUCGGAGACUAGUGCCCAUGGCAGGACGGCCGGUGCGGGGCUGGCAAUUGGUGGGGCGCGCAAUUGGAGAUGUUUUGAAACUGACGGUGCUUUCAGUUUUGGUUCUGGUACCUCGGUUCCAACGGCAAGCUAUACCAGAGGCAAGUACGAUCUCUACAGCAAGAGAUCAUCAGGACUGA